AUUUAAAACACUCUAGUCUUUAUCUAAAAACUCACACAGCAGCGGCAUCACAACAAUGUCGUUACGUCAAUCCAGUCCUGCACUCACGUCUGCACAAGAUAUCAUAGCCAGUGGCAGGGAGACCAUUGUCUCCCCGUGUUGCCCAGUUUGCCAGAAUCUCGACCCCACUGAACACCUUACGGAGCGGAGUGUCAUACCUCGAAGUCCCUUGGGUUCUAGGGGCAGAACCCUAUAUUCGGAUGCGGAGUUGCUGAGCCAGUGGGGUGCAGGCCGAGUUGCCUUAUUCAACCGAGAGUUUGGGGAGCUCAAUGAGCGCAGGAGGACAGGCUGCAUCUACUGUGCGUUGCUCCUCCAGGCUUGCGAGAUUCUCGGUGUGAAGGGAACCGAGAUCAAUCUUUGGCUUGAGCGCGGACAGAAUCCCAAAGUUACCGUCUGGACUCCCUGCAAUAAGCGCAUUUCUUUUGAGCUGUUCACGAACAGAGAUAUCGGGGCUCCUUGGGUUCGAAUCCACAAGCUCGAUGAAAUAUCACGCCAUCCAAACGGACCCGAAGCUGUCGACUUCCUUGACAGAUGCAUUCAAGAAUGCACUUCCCGGCACACGAUAUGUCGCUCAGCAAAUUCCUUCACACCUAAGAGGCUCAUAGAGUUGAGACCCAAGGAAGAAAGCUGCAGACUUAUGGAGGGAGACAACGAAGCAUCACUCAUAUAUACUGCUCUAAGUCAUUGCUGGGGCCAGCAGGUGAAACGGCUGAGAACGAUCUCAGAAACGCUCGAGCGUCACAAAACCAUCAUCGGCUAUGACGAGCUGCCAAAUCUAUUCCGUGACGCCAUACUUCUGACUCUCAGGUUGAAGAUUAAGUACAUCUGGAUCGAUUCCCUGUGCAUCAUACAGGACGAUGACAAAGACUGGGCAGAACAAAGCGCACAGAUGGCACAAAUCUACGAGAAUGCCUACCUUGUCAUAGCUGCAGGAUCGUCCGCACAUAGCGGUCAGCCCUUUCUUAACACACCAAAUCGGUGCGAGUCGCAAUCAAUUCCUGUUGGCCAGAACAGUGGUUCUACGAGUGUACUUGCUCGAAAGAUCCCGGCCACCGGCAUGCAUGAGACAUAUGAAGGGCAUUACAGUAAUCCAGAUCCGCUCGAUGAACGUGCUUGGACUCUCCAGGAACGAAUCCUCGCUACGCGUCUUGUCAAUUACUCCAGCACAGAGCUCCAAUGGAUGUGUAAGACUCAUAGAACAUGCGAAGGAGGCCACCGCGAUAGGUCGCAGCAUCAUUCUUCCAUUCAUUCAAUCGUAAGUCAGUCCGGAGCUUACGCAUUCUGGCAAGAGACUGUCAAAGAGUUCUCGCACCGGCGCUUGACGUACGCCAAAGACAAGCUCCCUGCACUCGCCGGUGUUGCAUCUAAAAUUGCAGCAGCAACCGGAGAUGAGUACUUUGCCGGCCUCUGGAAACGUAAUCUAGUCUGGGAUCUUUGCUGGGAGCGGCACAUGUGGGAGAUUGUACGGUGGCGCGCGACGGAAAACCCGAGAGCGCCGUCUUUCUCCUGGGCGUCUGUGGAAGGCAACGUCUACUAUCAUCCUGAUACCAGCGCAGGGAGAGGAGGCACCUGCCAUGUUGAAAUAAUAUACGUGGACUGCAAACCCAAAACUUUCUCCAAUCCUUUUGGCGAAGUUAACGAAGGUGGCUUUCUGCGCUUACGAGCUCCCGUCAAGGAAGGCCGAAUCCACAUCCACCCUAACGCUGGCAACGGAUUCCUCUGGUCGCACGAACUAUGGUUGAACGAGACGCACUGGCGGAUCCCGUUCAUGGCCGAUGUACCUCUUGAACAUCAUCAUGUCAAUCAGAUCACUCAGGAUCACAGCUUAGCAACCGAAAGCGACAAAUAUGAGUGCACCGCGGUCCGAGCUCCUCCUGACUCAAAUGGUAGAUUAGUAAACGGAGAGCGCGUGUGGAUUCUCGUUGUCGGCUUCUGGCACGAGAAAGAUGAGAGGACCGGAGGCUUGGGGAAGAUUUGGUUCUCGUGCAUCAUUCUUGGGAGGCGUACACCGGAUGCAUUCGAGCGAUUGGGCUUCGUGAACACUGGUUCACCAGAACCAUACUUAUCCCAAGAAGAUUGCCAACCUCUUCUUUCCUUCCUUUGUGGAGGGAAAGAUAAAACUGAGCUGACCAUUGUGUGAGUCUACAAAAG